AUGAGCAAUAAAAGUGCAGCUAAUGAACAAACUGAUGAAUUAUCGAAACUAGGAAAAGUACAACCAUUUGUAUCCCAUCGUGGAUUUAUUAUAACGUCAAUUCUAAGUACUAGAAUUCCAGUUCUGACUGGCAAUAGUACUGGGACAUCCUCUUGGAAAUCAUACGCCACUCAAGGUCACUCUUGCCGCUGGUUUAACAGUACGGUCACCCAUUCUCAAAGGGACCAUCUUGUUAUGUCUUUGUCCAAUGGAAGUUUAUUACGCUCAGCUCAACUAGUGUUUUUUAGACAACCCUUUAGAUGCGCAGGAGUUAAAAAGAAAAAGAACUACGCCGAGACCCCUUCUAGGUACCGACCUUCCGUACUUGUGAAGACUCUUCGUGGUUUUCAGUUUAAUGAUGGGGAUUAUGUCUAUAAAGGUGAUAUCUUAGUUCGACAGGUAUGCUUAUUUGGACAGCAUCAGAGCAACUCCCUGAGUGUGCUGAGCAUCUUAUUCGUGACUCGGAUACAACAACAUCCCUCCUGAAUCUCUUUUCCUGUCCUGCUUGGGUCCAAGGAGUUUCACCCAUUCCGAGCACUGCCAACUUGUAUCUCAUCAUUUCCACAGCUAUUAGACUAAUCCAAUCGGUCUCCCACAUUGUCCGAACAGUCCAUGUAUCCAUAUUAUUUAUUGCUCUGGUUAUUUGAAAAGUUAUUGGCUUCCUGACUUUCAAAGAAUCUCAGCUUUCAUUAUGAUGCGUCAUAAUUCUUUCUUCAGCUCGGAGGGCAGAGUUUAAAUGAAUUAAUUAGUUUAUACUGGUUAGCGUUAUUUUUAGCAAGGUUGUUUUCUACGGUAUGGGGAUGCUUUCCCCACACUCAAUCCUCCCUCAUGUGGGCUUGGGACCUGCAGUAACCCUGGAAGUGCUACAGGCGUUGUUUAAGAGUGACCGCUUGCUUCGAUUCGGGUUCCUGGUCAGUAUCCUAGCCCAUACACAACUGCGAAGAUGAUUGUCAAAGAAAAAAACGCUUCUGCUCGCUGUCGCUAUCUACGUAAAUGACUGUUAUAAUUACUUGGUUGCAUGCAAACUCGUUUUACUCUUUUUAUGUAUAUUUAUUGUCAUCCCCAUUGUUUAUACUUUUAUUUCCCAACUACACUAUCUAUACGAUCUUAGGCCACUGAUCAGUCAAAUGUUGGAUGCUACCACUGGACGCGGUUUCUGAAAUGUUCUGAGACCAUGCGUGUCAUCUAAACUUGUCUUCUUCAACAUUCGCACGCUAUUGCAGAUCAGAAAAAAGAUAGGUUUGGCUGUUUCUUUAGAAAGUCUUAACAUCGAUGUUUGUUGUCUAUCUGAAACAUGUAUUAAAAACUAGUAAGAUGCUACACAUUCGCUCUUCAUCUGUCGAGUCGAGAAGCUUGUUUUAUGUGUGUUUAACCGGGGAUUCUGCAGCUACUUUGUCCGGUUUUGUCACACUAAGCUCCAGAACCAAGAUAGCACCAACUGAUCAGAUCCUUAUUAAAAGUCGAUUAUGUGCCGUUAGAUUUAAAAGUUCCCUCAAAGUGAGUAGAAAUCGGUAUAGGGAACAAAAUAUUUGCAUUAUCGCUUAUUUCCUUCAGACAAAUUGCAGUCCUGAUGCGAUCAGGAAUGAAACCGUACCACCAGUUAGACGAUCUUCCUAAGAAGGCGCGUUUGACAGAUAUUAUGCUGUUGACCAGAGGUAGGUAUAUCGAGCGUCUAAGCACAGAGCCGUUUGAGUGAGCAGUGGGGACUUGUUGUUCACCUUAAGAUGCAGGGCGAAGUAGCUGUAAUCUAACCUAUGGGCGAAAAUCCAUUUCUAUGCAGCACCAAUUCUCGGCAUAGUUAUCGCCAAUGUUUUACUUGGAGCUUUCUCUCCACGACUCAGGCCCGAACUCAGAUUAGUCACACAUCAGCUACUGAUGGCGUGGUUGUGCACAAGACAGUCGCUCUUUUUAAAGAAUUGAUCUGGACUAUGAUCAUACCAUCAUGUAUGCUAAUCUAACGUUUCAGUAGCCAAAAUGUUCAUCGUCGUGAACAGAUUGAUUUAAGCAAAUAGACCAGCUUUUGUUGCUAUCAAAUAUUGAGCCGAGCUAGGUUCAAAGCUAGCUGCCAACCCAUCAAAAAUUUCAGAUAAUGACUGAGUUGGCAUGAUGCCAUGAAAAUUGCAAGUAAAGUUGAUUGCACCUUUGUGGGAUUUCUACAGGCUCCUUAAGGUACGUCGGUCUACUCUGGUAACCACGAGUCUGGGGAGAAACCUAAGUCCUUACGCAAUGAAAUUAUCCAGAGUUUGCUUACGAACCGAAAACUCUGGUGGUGGGAGCGCGCCGAGUUGGAAGCAGCAGCUAAAUCUAGUAAUUGUCAGGAUCUCUUUCAACUCAUCGGAGCCACUGGAAGCAAGAAUUUUGAUAUAAGAUAACAAUCUAUAAAGGUGAUAGGAUUCCAACAGAUAACAUCUACUAACGUCUCGGACGAUGGGCAUGGUUCUUCGAGAGAGAGUUCGGCCGAUCUGCUGCCCUGGUGUCAUCAAUCAAACUAUUCUGUCCUCCAUGACCGAUCCAACUGACUAAGGCGAAGCCCUCAAGCAACUCCAACUCAUGGAGUGCGAUAAAUCAUCAGACUCAAACGACUUACCGUUGACUCUUUUUAAAUAUAACGGAGAACUUCCGGUCGAGGGAAUUGGCUGAGUUGUUUGCAAAAGUUUAGAAAUUAGAGUAUCCAUACAUCUCAGAGUGAGAUGAGUCAUCCUUAUCUGUAAUAAGAGUUUGCGUCAUCAACCCAAAAACUAUCGAAGUAUUAGCCUUAUUCUGACUGAGAGCGAACUAUUAUUCAAAACCUAUAAAUGAUCGACUCACGUGGAGCAUACAGGUAUUUGUUUUGGUUUGGGAUGUGUUGAUCACAUCGUCACCCUCCUCCAUAUAUUAGAACACCGCCAUACUUAUCUCAGGUGAGCAGUCUUCGUGUUCUGUGAUAUCAAGGCCUUCUUCACUUGGUUGGACAGGACUGUUUUCCGGGGGUGUCUGUUGAAGAAAUAUGUGGCUGAACAGUUUGUUAACAUCUUAAACGCCCUAUCUACAAACAGUCCAAGCAAAGUGAGGACAUACAAAACCACCUUUCCUCACUGCUCCAUUUAAGUAGCGGGUUAGGUACGGCUGCCCAACUUCACCACUCCUCUCCAACUUUGCCAUCAUUGGUGUUCUAAAAACGGCUUUGAUGAAAGUAGGUAUUGGUGGCAUGGAUCUGUAAACUGAGAAAGAAUUUUCGAUCUUGAGUAUGGGGAUGAUAUUGAACUAAUUAAACCAUGUAAUCUUCACUUCAGCAACGUCCAUAGGUAUGACUUAUGCUUUACACCUUUUAAGUGCUAAGUACUUUUGCAAGAGUGACAGGGGCGUGUGCUUUCACUCACUCUUGGUAGUAAGGAGUAUUAACCAGAAAAUUAGUGUAUUUGGGUAGCUCCGUAAGUGCUGGCGGCGGCAUGACUGAUGAGACCAACUUACGUUUAGUGAAAGCCAGAAUAGCCUAUGUCCGUGUACGCCAUUGUUGAAGCCUUAAUGGUAUUAGUCCGACUGUGAAAAGUUGUGUCGUUCAGAGUAGUUUCUCUCUAUGCUUGUAAAACCUAACCUCCGAGUUGUGAAUGUUAGACAGCUCUCUGUGUUUGUCUUCUCAGGAUUGCUGAAAGUCUAUAGCAGCGCCACGUUAGUAAUGCAGAGGUUCGGCCACGUGUGUUCGGGGACAAUGAUGGUAAUCCAAACGGUAUUACCAUCUUGAAAGAUCAACUUUAGUGGCUUGGACCUACGCCACGAAUGUUGUCCCGGCAAAUUAUACCUCAUUCAUUGUUUGCAAACUCUAGAACUGGUUGGGAAAAGCGGAUAGUCAAUUUAUGACAUGGUGCCUCGGCAUGAAAAAAAGCUGUUCAAGACUGGAAUCUUUUGGUCUUCCAUGGCUUCCUGGUCGGAUUCCUAGAUAUAAUGCAAUAUAGUGGUUUGAGACGUUAUUAAACAGCUCAGAAUAAGAAUCUGUGAUAACUCUGUUAUAGUUUUGUUUUAAUUUUUCCAUAAAAGUGGGAGGAACUUCUUAAAGUGAAAGAAUCCUUCCUGACUAUAUUUUUUCAACUGAACUAGUUGUCCAUCUACUGUCUACUACUCUUAAUCCCUUAUUUUUAUUCAUUUUUUGCUUUUAGGAAAACUAUCACCUUUCCUAUAUCCUUUCGUAGUCUCAUUUACGUAUUGUAUGGCGUAUGUUUAUUUUGGUGCUCCUUUGUGCCAAUAUCUUUAUUUUUAAAUAUUACAUAAUAAUAAUAAUUAAGACGAUCUACUGAUUAUUUUAGAUGUUCCCUACCUGUAAACUUUCUAAUCACGGUUUAUAUAUCUAGUUUUUGCAUUAUCAUAUGUACUGAUUCCGUAGGUACAAAUGUACAUUAGAUAGUACAAAAAGAAUACCAGAAAACUAGUCGAGAAAUCAUAUUUUACAGAAUUAUUUUGUAAUAACAUCCUAGAGAGGUUAGUUAGUUGGAAAUAUAAAUUAACAGGAUUUUGAACUAAACCACGAUAGUCAUGUUAUGCAUAAUGUUUUUUCAAAGAUGUUUUCGUUUAUUACUGUAUUAAAAAGUUUACUGCUCAAUUUUAUUCCAAUCUUUUAGCUUGGUAUGGAAAUAUACCCGGGCGAAUCUGUCAAAUUAGACCCCGAAACAUGGAACUUAGUAGCACUAAGUAAUGGACGUUUUACUAUUAGUACAGAGGAGCUUUCACCGUUUCCUAACAGCCCUUUGUAUGGUAAAGUGAAGGACGGCGAAGUAAUUUAUAAACCAUUUGUUCAUGUUAUCGGUGAUCCAAUCGAACCAGUAUAUAAACUCAAGCGCAUUUUGUAACUAGUGAUAAUUAUAGCUAUUAUACUC